UGGACAAGAGUCUUCAGCAGAGACAUAGACCCUGGACACCUCCAACAUGAAGUUUAUUCAUGUUGUUUUGUUACUUUUGUGCUUCCACUUAAGUUUUUGCAAGCUCACUUCAACCUCAGAUGCAUCUCAAGAGGAUCUGGUGGAGGAAAAGUGCUUACUGAAAAAAUACACACAUCGCUCCUGCAAUAAAGUUUUCUGCCAACCAUGGCAGAAGUGCAUUGAUGGGAUCUGUACUUGUAAACUCCCUUAUCAAUGCCCAAAGAAUGGCACCUCCGUGUGUUCGACUAAUGGGAAAAGCUACCCGACUUACUGUCAUCAAAAGAGUUUUGAAUGUCUCCAUCCAGCGGCAAAGUUUUUAAAUAAUGGAACAUGCAGAGCUGAAGGAAAAUUUAGUAUUUCCUUAAAUUAUGGAAGCACAGAUUCAAGGGGAAUUGUUGAAGUAAAGCUAGUAGACCAAGAUGAGAAAAUGUUCCUAUGUAAAAGCAGCUGGGGCUUAAGAGAAGCCAACGUGGCCUGCCUUGACCUUGGAUUUCAGCAAGGUGCUUUAAGUAUUGAAGAAAGGUUUUAUAUUCCUGAAAAUCUCUACAUAAACUCCACUGAAUGUCUGCAUGUCCAUUGUCAUGGAUUAGAGACCAGUUUGACUGARUGUACUUUUGCCAAAAGGAAAAUCAAGCGUUAUGAGGGUCUUGCUGGCGUGGUGUGUUACACACAGAAUUCAGAUUCUUCAACAGAUGAGUCCUUUCAGUGUGUGAAUGGGAAAUACAUUCCUCGGCAGAAAGCCUGCAACGGGAUUAAUGACUGCGGUGAUCAAAGCGAUGAGCUGUGCUGUAAAGAGUGCCGUGGUGACAGUUUCCUUUGUAAGUCGGGUGUUUGCAUUCCAAACAAGUAUAAAUGCAACGGUGAGUUGGACUGCAUUACAGGAGAAGAUGAAGUUGGUUGUGAAGGCUUCGUACCCAAGGCUCAAGAUGAAAUAGAAAUUUUGACUGCAGAUAUGAAUGCUGAAAGAAAACGGAUAAAGUCAUUAUUACCUAAACUAUCCUGUGGAGUCAAAAGAAACAUACACACUAGAAGGAAACGAGUGGUUGGAGGAAGGCUAGCAAGAAUGGGAGACUUCCCAUGGCAAGUGGCGAUUAAAGAAGGCAAAAAAAUCAACUGUGGGGGAAUUUAUAUUGGUGGCUGUUGGAUUCUGACUGCUGCACAUUGUGUCAGAGCCAGUAAAGCUCAUCAUUACCAAAUAUGGACAGCAUUGCUUAACUGGAUAAGACCUAACUACACUGAGUUAGCAGUUGAAAAGGUGGAUAAGAUUAUUAUCCAUGAAAACUACAAUGGAGCCACCUACCAAAAUGACAUAGCUUUGAUCAAAGUGAAAAAACAUGAUGACCAAAAAGAAUGUGAACUGUCUCAUGCCAUCCCUGCCUGUGUUCCCUGGUCUCCAUAUCUAUUUCAACCUAAAGAUACAUGCAUCGUUUCUGGCUGGGGUCGAGAAAAAGGUAACCAAAAGGUCUUUUCACUCAAGUGGGGUGAAGUUAACCUAAUAGAUAACUGCUCUAGAUUUUACCCAAAUCGCUUCUAUGAAAAAGAAAUGGAAUGUGCAGGUACAUCCGAUGGUUCCAUUGAUGCCUGUAAAGGAGACUCUGGAGGCCCCUUAAUCUGUACAGAUGUCAAUAAUGUGACUUACGUUUGGGGCAUUGUGAGUUGGGGUGAAAACUGUGGAAAACCAGAGUUCCCAGGUGUUUACACCAAAGUGGCUAAUUAUUUUGACUGGAUUAGYUAUCAUGUAGGAAGAUCUUUUAUUUCUCAGUACAAUAUCUGAAAUUGUGAUCUCCUGCUCUUUUGGUGAUCUUUCUGUCCUUAUUCUCUCUAGAGUCUUUUUAAUUGAAAUGAAACUAUAUGAUUAUUACUACUCUAGGGGAAAAUGAAGCAAAUGUUAUUGGAUAUUUUUAAAGGUCUAUUAAAAGUUUAUGCCAUCUUGGAAUGUUGCUGUAUAAUUCUCAAAUAAAUAUUUUGG